CCUUUCUUGUUCCUCGCUCUGAUCAGGGGAAUCUCAAACCCUAGACUCACGAUUGAAUAGAUAAUUGAGUUAGUGGUGGCGCGUGUGGUUCACGAGCGAGGGGGCGAUUGAUGGUAAUCACGGCGGAUGGCAUCGGCGGUUUUAGCCAAUAGAAGCGAAGGCAAUUGGCCGAUGCAACAGAGAAGUAGUGGUCCUAAAUUCAUGGGCAAAGUCCCAAACCCUAACCCUAAAAAGAGACAAUUUCUCCAGGCUUCAGAAAUCAACGGCUGUCAGAUUGAUGAGCCACUGGCCGUCACUCAAUCCGCCGCCUCAGACGACGCCUCAUCUAUCAACCGAAGACCCAAUAACAAAGACCAUCUCCUCUGGGGAAAUUACGUCAGCUUCAAUAUCGCGUCGUGUUCGAAGAAGGAGCUGGUUGAGCUAAAGAAUCGCUUGAUUGUGGAGCUUGAACAGAUUCGCCAGUUAAAGAACCGAAUCGAAACGUCGUCGUUCAGAUCCAGCUCAAAGAAAUCGUUUACAGCCAUAAAUAACAAGAUUUCCGGGAACAAAAGGCCGUUCCCGUCAAAUUUGAGUCAGGAUAAUGGGAAACUGAUGAAGAGUUGUGCGCAAAUCUUGAACAAGUUGAUGAAGCACAAACAUGGGUACAUUUUUAAUUCUCCUGUUGAUGUUGCUGGAAUGGGCUUACAUGAUUAUCAUGAUAUUAUAAAGAAUCCCAUGGAUCUCGGCACUGUGAAGUUGAAAUUGUCUAAGAAUUUGUACGAUUCACCUGUGGAAUUUGCUGCUGAUGUUCGGUUGACCUUCAGCAACGCCAUGACCUAUAAUCCUAAAGGCCAUGAUGUGUAUAUAAUUGCGGACCAGCUUCUUGCCAGAUUUGGGGAGUUGUUCCGUUCUGUAAAUGAUAAGUUGGUUCAAGAUGAGAUCCAAGAGCGGGUUUAUGAUGAGGAAUUGCCGGCGAAUUCUUGGAAUUUACAUGAGUUUAAAGAUAGAGAGAUCUCAAAGCAGCAAUUUGUGGCUAAAUCUGAGCCAAUGCGAGUUCCGCCAACUGGGUCAAACGCUAAUCCUCACCCUAAGCCGAACCCUCAAGUGGCUGCACAAUUGCCUGUAAGAACUCCCUCGCCACCUGUGAGGGCUGCACCAGCUGUAAAGACAUUGAAGCAGCCGAAACCAAAGGCCAAAGAUCCCAACAAGAGAGAGAUGAGUAUGGAGGAGAAGCACAAGUUGGGGGUUGGGUUGCAGAGUUUGCCACAAGAGAAGAUGGAGCAUGUGAUUAAUAUUUUGAAGAAGAGGAAUGGGAAUCUCAGGCAGGAUGAGGAUGAGAUUGAGCUUGACAUUGAGACUUUGGAUACUGAAACCCUUUGGGAGCUUGAUCGGUUUGUGACAAAUUAUAAGAAGAUGGUUAGCAAGAUUAAAAGGCAAGCUUUAAUGGGCAACAACAAUGUGGCUGAAAUUGAAGCGAAUAGGGAAGUACUAAUAGUUGAGAAAACUGACGCGCCUAUGGAGUUGAAGAAGGCAAGGAAAGGAGAAGCUGGAGAGGAAGAUGUGGACAUUGGUGAUGAGAUGCCGGUGAACAAUUUCCCUCCAGUGGAAAUCGAGAGGGAUAAUGGUCAUAACAAUAAUGCAAGUAGCAGUUCUAGCAGCUCUAGUAGUUCAAGCAGUGAUUCAUCUUCAUCAAGUGAUUCAGAUUCUGGGAGUUCAUCAGGAAGUGAUUCAGAUGCGGAUGAUGCUCGGUCAUAGCAAGACAUUCAACUAAGGAUUGAGGAUAUUCUUUGAAGGCCUUCCUGGAGAUAGGGUCUCGGUGUGGUGGUUAUGGACGAAUGAAGGGGGUGGUGAACUGAACUGCAAAGUUCUGUUGUUAGUGCUUUAGGGAGGAUUUUGAUUGUAAAGAUGGGAAGUAGAGAAGCAAAAAACCUAAGAAGAAGAUAAUGUUUAGGAUUAGGGGAGAACUGUAGAAUUUGUAGCAGGGAGCUAGAGAUUGAUGUAGAAGAAGCUUGUUAGAGAGAUUAGAUAUAGGGAUUUGAGAUACAUUGUACACAUUAUAACACUAAUAUAAGAUGAUUUUGAAGCGCAA